CGCGAAUCACAUCAGCAUCGUCGUCAUCAGCAGCAUCGUCAGCAAGACUGAGUAUCAGCAGCAACUGCAAGACGCAUCACCACCAGCAUCAGAAGCAAGACGCAUCACCCAGCAAGAAGUAUCAUCAGAUCAUCAUGGCCGGUUGUACCAAAGAAAGUCUACCAUCUCUGCAAACCAACUACAAACCGCAAGGCAAAGAGAUCAAAGUCAAGGACUUGGACGCGUACUUGGUCGGCUAUGGUAGCAGAGCACUGAUUCUAGCCUAUGAUAUUUUUGGCUUUGGGGUCUCGAACAGCAGAGCAAGAGCUUUCUGUGACCAGCUGGCUAAUGAAGGGUUCCUGGUGAUCAUGCCUGACUUCUUCCGAGGCACAGCGUGGCCGGCGGGCAAACCGGUCGAUGACGGCAUGGUAACUUGGCUUCAGACCAUUCCCGACACCCAACUCCUUGACGACGUCCACUCCAAGAUCAUCCCGUAUCUUCGCUUGCUGCACCGUGUCCGGUCCAUCGGCUGGGCUGGCGUCUGCUGGGGCGGCUGGUUAGGUCAGAAAGUGUCUGCGACGGCUGGUGCCCUGUCUUGUGGCGUGUCCUACCACCCCAGCUUGCAAAUGGAGGAGACAGUCUAUGGCGGUAGCGUGGACAAGAUUUUGAGCGAUGUCAAGUGCCCGCAGCUGCUCAUGCCCACAGGGAACGAUCCGAAAAUGGCGCAGGAAGGUGGUCAGGUGAUCACAAAGCUGAAAGGCUCAGACAUUCAGCGUGUGCGCGACGGCAGCCAAAUCUUCGCCUUCCCCGACAUGGUGCACGGCUUCAUGAUGAAGGCGACGGUGGACAUUAGUGACGAGAAUGUGAUUCGUGACGCCACUUUAGCGUUCCGUCUGUCCGUUAACCACUUCAAGAAGUACAUGAUUGAGGAGCCUAUGCCUUAUAUUGUAUAAUUUUUAGCCAUGAACAUACUAUUCACACACCCCAAGCAGUCCAAUUCCAAAACUGAUGUUUUUUAUUACUGUAGUCAUCUCUAUGCUCUCGCAGUUCUGUUACUCCCUGCAUCAAUAUGGUAUAAUACUACCCUUCGUCCUGCUUACAUCUUCUUUAGUGUGGCUACUUGAAGUAUAAUAGAAGUUAUUAUCUCUGUGAUCGCACCAAACCCUAGCGGCAGAUGCAGCGCCUAACGGUGGGGGUGAGUGGAAAAGUCUCACAACCACUGGCACAAGUGCCCAGAAACCCCAUUAGCGGGUUUACCGGGUGUUAGCGGCCGUCGUGAGUUCCCUUCGGGAA